AUGUCGACCGUAUUACUACCUGCUUCGGCUGCGCCUUUUAAGCCCCGAUCAAGAGCCUCUGUCGUACUAGCCUCCGAGGUCCAGCCAUGGUUGGAGCAGACACUCAAGGGAGCAAAACAAGGCCGCUGUCCGUUGAACAACGUUCGGCAACGCACAAAGUUCUUCAAAGAUAUUCUUUCGCAGUCCAGCGCCAUAUGGUCGCUGUGUUCUAUCAUGGUGCCAAAAGCCCCGGAUUCGGAACUGCGCAAGGACCCCAACCCACUGGUAGAAGCACUCUUCAACUAUCAGCUAAUCCACAUAGAGGCCUACGUCGUACUUGUCGACAUGGUUUCAGAGCAUGACAUGGCAUUCAAGCUUACAGACAAGACCAUCGACGCGCUUGUCGAGUACCACAAGGACGUCUACUCCGUUGAUGUAUCCGCCAGCACUUGUGAGUAUGCUGAGAGGGAGCAGCAGUUGGAGGAGCUCAAGGAGAACUUUGUCCAGGCUAUCAACCGCUUUGUAUUCCGAACUGAUGUCAAGGCUCUGGAAGCGCUUGAAAAGGACGGUGCAGGAGAGCUACUCGAGGGACGAGGUGAAGACGUCAAAAACGCCGUCAUGGCAUUGUUUCUCCCGCUCCAUCCUCCUCCACCGAGUGUCGUCUAUGCCAACCAACCAGUACCACUUGUUCUGGCUCAGCUACACAGUGGGUGCCGAUACAGUGGCAGUCAGCCGCCAUGGAUAUAUGAGAAAGGUACCAUGGAUGGCAAUUGUGGUCAGCAGGAUGAUCAGACCAGCAUCAUCGAACACGGGCAACAUGCGCUCCAAACCUGUAAUCUCACUUUCCCAUACGCAUUUACAGCGCAAUCUGGGGGGGUGAUGAUAGGGGUAUAG